CCGACCGUUUUGCGGGAAAAUUAAUCCUUCGCCUGUCACCUCCAUCUCCAUCCCAGACUGUUCCUCCACAACAGCACAUAUACAACAAUCGCUACGCCAUUCUACUAGACUUAAGAUGCGAGGAACUAUCGCACUACGAUCGCAGCGACUAGUGCUGGCUGCACCUCGCGCUAGAGGAUUUCCAAGACCUGUGCUACGAAUAACACCCAGCAGAAUAAGCAGCAGCAACAGCAGUGUCUGUCUGCUAUGUCGAUACAACCAUACGUCUACAACCCCUUCCAUCCUACGACAACUCCCGCUCCAGCAACGACGCACAGCAUCCGGCGCAAGCCGAGAUGAUAGCACCCCAAUCACUCCAGACGUCACGAACCACUACACAAUCUUCCCCUCCACACUCCCCAAGGGCCCUCCUCCGCAAUCACCCUUCGAAAUCGACACCUCCUCUCUCCGCCGCGAAUUCCUCAGACUCCAAAACGGCGUCCACCCCGACAAAGUCCCACAGGGCCCCGAGAAACAGCGCGCCGAAGCGCUAUCGUCGCGCAUAAACGACGCUUACCGGACCCUCGUCGACCCGCUCAGUCGCGCGCAAUACCUGCUGGCGGAGUUCCACGGCAUUGACGUUCUGGCAGAGGACGGCGGGAACUCAAAGGCCGCGAUGGAUUCGGAGACGCUCAUGGAGAUUAUGGAUGUGCAGGAGGCCGUUGAAGAGCUCACGAACGCGCCCACGGCAGAAGCCGAGAGCGAGAUUGCGCGCUUGCGGAAGGAGAAUGCGGAGAGGAUUGAAGACUCUGUGCGGAAGCUGGGAGAGGCGUUUGAUAACGCCGAUAUGGAGACCGCGCAGAUGGAGACGGUGCGCUUGAGGUUUUGGUAUAGUUUGAGAGAUGGGUUGAGGGAGUGGGAGCCGGGCCAUGCGGAGAUUCGCAUUAUUCAUUGAAUUUACCACCCACUUCUCUGCUGAAUGCUGCUACCACUCAUUGUGGGAUGUUGGGUGAAGCUAGAUGUGGUACCUGUAACAUAUUCGUGUAUUAUCUCCACUGCUACUGAUUUGACUCGACAUCGCGUCACUGGGUUGUGUUCACAUUGAUCUCGAGUGAUUGCUGCCGCUAGACAGGGCUUGUGGAUUUGUCCACCGUCACCUUACAUAUCGUUCUACACGCAUUUAAAUAGACACAUUUAAAUAGACGAAUUACGUUCCUC